AUGACCUCAGUGGUUAAUGAGAAGGAUGAAGCCAUUUUCCGUUCUGCGGAAAUGUCUUUAUUUCAAUUAUUUAUUCCAGCUGAAAAUGCUAGAGAAACUGCUUAUCAAUUAGGAGCUAGCAAACUGGUACAAUUCCGUGAUUUGAAUCGUAAAAUUCGUACGUUUCAACGUCAUUUUGUCGAUGAAAUCAGAAAAUUAGAUAAUACUCAAAGACAAUACAAUUAUUUUGCUAAAUUAUUAGAAAAGUAUAACAUUCCAAUUUCUAAUACUAGCUACUACUUGAAUGAUGAAGAUGAUGAGGAAAGUUCCGAGGGAGGUAGAUUAAGAUUGAUUAAGAAUUUAAGAAUUCCUACUACCGGAGAAAUUGAUGAAUAUUCUAACAACGCUACAUUGUUGGAGCAAAGAUUGACCGAGAUGGUUGAUGCCUUAAACAGUUUAGAGUCUUCUAAAGUUGAUUUGGAACAAUUUAGACAUGUUUUGAAUGCUGGUGAUAUAUUCUUUGAUGGGAACAACAGGAAAAAGGCUAGAACUACAAGCAUUGUUAGCCAGCCUGAUUCUAUUAUCAUGGAUGGAAAUAAUGUAUCAGAAAAUGCUAAUAUUAGUUUUGUUACCGGGUUGAUACCAAGAGAUAAAAUUGGUACCUUGGAACAAAUCUUGUGGAGAGUAUUGAGAGGUAAUUUGUUUUUCUAUCAUUUAGAAAUUGAAACUCCAAUCUAUGAUAGUAAAUUAAAUAAAGAAGUUGCUAAAAACUGUUUUAUUGUUUUUUCUCAUGGUGAUUUAAUCAUCAAUAGAAUCAAGAAGAUUUCUGAAUCCUUAGAUGCUCAGUUAUACGAUAUUUCUUCAGACUCUGUUUCCCGUACAAAACAAUUACAUAACUGCAAUGUUAGAUUACAAGAUUUGUACACUGUGUUAGAAACCACCAGGACCACCUUGGAAAGUGAGUUGUAUGCUAUUGGUAAAGAGUUGAAUUCUUGGGCAUUUGAUGUUUCUAGAGAUAAACAAGUUUAUAGUAUUAUGAACUUGUGGGAAUAUGAUUCUGCCAAUAGAAAAACGUUGACUGCAGAAGGAUGGAUUCCAACUGAUGAGUUGAACUAUUUGCAAGCAGUGUUAAACGGUGGUGAUGAAGGUGGGGCCACUUUUGGAUCUGCUAAUAGCGGUAUCAGUGAAAGUAGUAGUAACAACAAUGAUAUACCACCUUGUAUUAUCAAUGUUGUAUCGACUACCAGAACACCACCAACGUUUCACAGAACCAAUAAGUUUACACAAGGGUUCCAAGACAUUUGUGAUUGUUAUGGUAUUGCUCAAUACAGAGAAAUCAAUGCUGGUUUGCCCACUAUUGUUACGUUUCCGUUUAUGUUUGCUAUCAUGUUUGGUGAUAUGGGACAUGGGCUUUUGAUGUUCUUAGCAGCUUCUGUGCUUGUUUUGAAUGAAAAAAAAAUUGGUAGAAUGAAGAGGGAUGAAAUUUUUGAUAUGGCGUAUAGCGGAAGAUACAUUUUGUUGAUGAUGGGGUUAUUCUCCAUUUAUACUGGGUUUUUGUAUAAUGAUAUGUUUUCUAAGUCUUUGACUUUGUUUAAGAGUGGUUGGAAAUGGCCUUCUGAUUUUAAACUUGGAGAGACCAUAAUGGCUAAGCAAGUUGGGGUGUACUCCUUUGGUUUAGAUUAUGCUUGGCACGGCACUGAAAACGGAUUGUUAUUUUCCAAUUCUUACAAGAUGAAAUUGUCCAUUUUGAUGGGGUUUAUUCAUAUGAGUUACUCCUAUAUGUUUUCUUUGGCCAAUCAUUUGUUUUUCGGUUCUGUUAUUGACAUUAUUGGUAAUUUUAUUCCGGGACUGAUUUUUAUGCAAGGUAUUUUUGGUUACUUGAGUGUUUGUAUUGUUUACAAGUGGGCCAAGGAUUGGAUUAAAGACAGUAAGCCGGCACCAGGUUUAUUAAAUAUGUUAAUUAACAUGUUUUUAAGUCCUGGGGUUAUUGAUGAUGAGUUAUAUCCACAUCAAGCUAAAGUACAAGUUGUUUUGUUGUUGUUGGCGUUAAUUUGUAUUCCAUGGUUAUUAUUAGUCAAACCAUUACAUUUCAAGUUUACGCACGGGAACAAGAAGCAUGAAUUGUUACCACAAUCUGAGACUGCAGAUGUUGAGAAUCAACACGUUGCCGUAGUUCAUGGGGAAGAUAGUAAUGAUGACAACGAAGAAAUUGACGACGACGAUGACGAUGAAACUCCUCAUGAAGAAAACUUUGGCGAUUUAAUGAUUCAUCAAGUUAUUCAUACCAUUGAAUUCUGUUUGAAUUGUGUUUCUCAUACUGCAUCAUACUUGAGAUUGUGGGCUUUAUCCUUAGCACAUGCCCAAUUAAGUGAAGUUUUAUGGACUAUGACAAUCCAAAUAGCCUUUAACAUGUCAGGCGUUAUUGGUGUUAUUAUGACAGUUUGUUUAUUUGCAUUAUGGUUUGUUUUGACCUGUGCUGUUUUGGUUGUUAUGGAAGGUACAUCAGCAAUGUUACAUUCUUUACGUUUACAUUGGGUUGAAUCUAUGUCUAAGUUUUUUGUUGGUGAGGGUAUUCUAUAUGAACCAUUUAAAUUUGAAUUUCAAGAAUUACUUUGA